UUUCUCGCAUUUUCCGAAGCAAGUAAAGCAUUAAAAAAAAUUAAGUAAAAUGCAAACUUGUACUCCAUCCAUCCAUCCCAGUUCUAGAGCCCAGUAAGUCCAAACUUCACAUUACCACAAGAGAAUAAUUUUCCGGGUCAAGCUUUCUUCCAUCCCAUCAGCCUAAAUUCCACCGGAGUUCCCACUCCAAUUCUCUUCUUCUUCAUAUUUUCUUUUUGAGAAAGGGUUGCUGAGAGAUCAUAAUGUCUGUAUUAGCAGCGAAUUCUCAUAUUUUGUACAGGGAAGUCUACCACCGAGACCAACAACAGCAAUUCUUAUCAAGCAGUGGGAGCUUUUCGUAUCCACAAAGAAGUUCCGGGCAUUGGGUCGAUCGUAGAAACAGAGAUUGCAAGAAUAUAUUGAGGAGAGACAUACGAGUGGACGCUUUUUGGUCAGAUUUGUCAAGACCCACUACGGUCGAGAUGGAACCCAUCAAUGAUUGUGAUCAUCUCGAUCAGAUUCUACUCCAUGCAAAACAGCUAUCUCAACCCAUUCUCAUCGACUGGAUGGCUGCUUGGUGCCGCAAAUGCAUAUACUUGAAGCCUAAAUUGGAGAAACUGGCUGCUGAGUAUGACACCAAGAUCACAUUUUAUUACGUCGAUGUCAAUAAAGUACCUCAAGCUCUAGUGAAGCGUGGAAACAUCUCUAUGCCAACACUUCAGCUAUGGAAAGAUGGAGAGAUGAAAGAAGAAGUAAUCGGAGGGCAUAAGGCCUGGCUUGUGGUUGAUGAAGUGAGAGAAAUGAUCCAAAAGUACGUCUAAUAUUGUUGUUCCAUUGGCAAUCAAUCUCUCCCUCUCUCCAAAUUCUUGUAUACGGUCUUCCUUUUUUUCUUUUCCUGCCCUUGGCGUGUAUUGCAUACAUCAUAUAGUACUACACUAAUAUUUCAUUCCAUCUUGUCUGUAAGGAGUGGUUAAUUUUGAGGGAAGAUAUCUAUUUUUUAUUUUUACCCUCUAUUCGGAGCAGCAUAUAUACCAUUUUUAUGGAAUAUUUUGCGUCUUUCAUAUUUGGUAUGUAACGGUAAGUGAAGAAGUUCAUAAAUCUUAUACAUUCAGAGAAUCUGAUUUGACAUAUCAAGUGAACCAUAUUUCGUUUGUCUUA